AUGAAAUUGAGCGCUUUUUUACUUGGUCUCGUUGUGAGCGAUGAACAGAAGGCAAUGGAUUCUGUCCGAUCACUCGGCUGGGAAUUUCUCUUCAGAAACACAAAUCUUGCAAAAGGAAAUACAGUAGUAUCGCCGCUCUCUAUCGUCAGUGCUUUGUACAUGCUUGCAGAAGGUACAGAUGGUAAAGCGAAUUUGGAAAUACAAGAAGCGCUCAACGUAACAAACAAUCCUGCUUAUGUCGAAGAAUACAGUCAUCUUGUCAAAGAACUGAAGAACAAUCCGAUCGAGAGUGAGGAGAAUUCCGAGUAUACGCUUGAGCUUGCAAAUGGCGCAUUUUAUCAGCAAAAGUUCCAGGGCGGCGAUAUUGCAGUUUUUGCCGAGAGACUUCAUGCUAAUUUCAUCGAAAACGUUGGGGACAUCAAAGGAGUAGACUUUCAUAAAGCUCAAGAAGCAACGGAUGUUAUCAACUCUUGGGUUGAAGAAAAGACGCAUGGCAAGAUUCCAACGAUUUUUGAUGAGCCUCUUGAUCAAAAUACACUUCUCGUUCUUGCAAGCUCGCUUUACUACAAGGCUGAGUGGAAAAGCAAGUUUGAAGAAGAAAAGCCUGGCCAAGUCUGGUUCGGAGAGUAUGACGAAGACACGAACGUUGAAUUUAUCUAUCAAACAGAGAGAUUCAGCCAUGCGAAGAACGUCUGCCUUAAUUAUCCCUGCAAGGACAACGAUUUACGACUGAAUGUUGUCGAGAUUCCUAUGAAUGGCAAACGAGAACAUGGCGAUUAUGUUAGCCACUUCAAUAUGAAUAUUUGGUACAUCGCACCAAAACAAACUCGAGCGAUGCGCAGGCACCAAACUAUUACGAAGGCGAACGACGAAAUGGUCAGAGAAAUCAUUCAAGCUCGAUCUGCUGAUUACAGGGAGCAUAUUCCCACGAAGGAAUACCUAAGGAGCAGUUUAGUUUGA